CGUCCCCUCGGGGGAUGCCCGGGCAGCGGUUGCCGGGGAUCGCUCUCCGCCUCUCCCGUGCUGUUUGCAGCUCUCCGGCAUUCUUUCUCCUCCCAGUUUUUAUGUCUUUUGACCCAACUACUGGGUUCUCCUGUUUGUUUCUUUGUUUCUUAGAGGAUGCGUGUAUAUGUAUGUAAAGCAUGAAAAUAGUAGAUUUCGCUCGCUGCAUCGUUUGGAAAUACUUGGCUAACCUUUGUGGGUUUGAAUUAGCGUGAGAUCAGACUGCUACUGGUGAAAGCCCGGUAUUUUCUUAGAGUGGUUUCAAGAUAAAAGCUGUGGUGGUGCUGCGAAGGCGGCUUUUGGCCCUGCUGAGCCCGCUCGGGGAGCUCUGCCUGCAGCCCGCAGGAUUGCUUUCACACGUCCAGGUUUGAGAGAAGGAAACGGAGUUGUUUCAAUGCGGGCGAUGGGUGUUUGGCUGAGAAGUUUUAUUGCACAAAAGAAAAAUGUAGACCGGGAGCAGUAGACUUGCAGCAAUAAUGAGCUCCGAGGUGCCGCUGCGAGAUGAUUGAUUUCUGUUGCUCUUCUCAAGGAUCAAAAGAUGGCACUCCAAGCCCACGCAAGCUUCCCAGGACUAAAGUCCUUUUGAACGCUGGGCUUAGGCGAUCCUUUAGUCGCUGCACAGUGUUAGCUGCACGAGAGGACGGCUGCUUCCCACGCAGAGCGGUGGCAGGAUCGUGGAGCUCAGGGCUGUUAAAUGCCAGCCUCGGUGCUUGUGUUAGUGUCAGGGACUCGACGCGGUCAGUUUUACUCUUCUGCUUACGCACUGGAGGUGUCGCUGGACUGAAAUGAUCGCUUGGUUUUGCUUUGAGCUCGCUCUAAUGCUAUGUGCAGUUGGCUGAGGCAGCGCACCCAGCUGCCCUGCAGACGGCCGGCAGAAGCCUUUCAGGCUCGGUGUCAAUAACCGGGAAAGGCAUGCCUGGAUCUCGGUAGCGUUUCCUGGAUCUGCCCUCUGAAUGUGCAUUGCUGGCUAGUUCCUCAGAUGGCAGAAGAAUAUUUUCCCUUUUGGCUGUUUCUGUGGGCUAACGAGUUAUGUAUUUUUCUUUUGUUUUGCUCUUGGCACCUUCCCGAUAAAAUCUGUUGCCUAAUUGCUUGUGGAGUUCUCUUUCCUCCAGCCUAAUUAUGAUGGAUGGUAUGUGAUGCAUUUAUAGCUUUGUUCAACCAAACUACCCCCUCCCUACUUCCUGACCUAAAAAAACGCUUAUAUGCCUGUGCAAGGAGGGGCACGCAUACUAGCCCUUACUUAGAAGAAAAAUCAUUUGUAAGUUUUGCUGGAGGAAGUGGGAGCAGUUUAACAUGACUUUGAGCAGAGAAAGUUAAAAAGGUAGAGCUGCUUGCAUCUAGGAGCUACUAACCUGGCCCAAUCCCGCCUAUUUUGCUGGACAACCUGCAGGGAUUGCAGGACUCUUUGACCUGCCCGCUCUUUAUGGUGUUUUUUAAAUCUGUUUUUCUCUCAGAAUGUGUAAAUGAAUUAUCAGAUGUUGAAACACUGUGGCUAGACGGACGUGUCAGGUUUCAGCUGUGUUACAUACACUUCUGUAUAAUCUAUUUCAGACCUUCGAGAAAUGAAGAAUAGCACAUUCGUAGGCAGAACACCUCAAAAAAAGUUUUAUUAUGGUUUCCAAACUGCCUUGAGACCACUAAAACCCAGCGAACUAAGUGCUUCAGCAGCUAUGAAAAAGGAGCCAAAUAAAAUCCCCAGCUGAAAGAGACAUUUGGCUGAUUGAAGGCAGCAGUGACCUCUGAAUUAGCUAUCAUGGCACUCGCGAUGAAGUCAUGGAGCUCCCUCCUGGCUCCUGCCGUGUGGAGGCGCACAGCUUUGCACGUUAACCCUGGCAAGGUUAAAGCUGUGUGUGCUACCGUGAUCAGGAAGGGUUCGGUGACAAAAGGCACAUUAUUGAGAGAACGGAGUUGAGUUAGUCAUGCAGAUCUGUCACAGUUUUGGACCGUUUCCAAGUCUAGAGGUUUUAACCUGGUCCCGUGGGUGGGUGCUGGGGAUAAGGGAACAAAGUGAAAUCCCCGUUUGUCUUUCUUAUGUCUCAUGAAUACACCCACGCAACCCUCUAAUCCAUGCAUAUGAUUUCCUUUCUUCCUCUUUUUGCCCCUGCUGCUGCAGAUUCAUUCAUGUUGUUGUGAGCUGAAAGGGCAGACAUGAGGACAGCGCUGUGCUCGGCAGUGGCUGCGCUGUGUGCCGCCGCCCUCCUCUCCUCCAUCGAGGCUGAAGUUAAUCCACCGUCAGACUUGAAUUUUACAAUUAUAGAUGAACAUAAUGUUCAAAUGUCUUGGAAAAGGCCACCAGAUGAAAUAAUGGGUUACAGGAUAACUGUGGUUCCUACAAAUGAUGGACCGACUAAAGAAUUUACUCUUUCACCUAGCACAACCCAAACUGUCUUAUCAGAUCUUAUACCUGAUAUAGAGUAUGUUGUAUCAAUAGCUUCAUAUGAUGAGGUAGAGGAGAGUCUGCCUGUUUUUGGCCAACUAACAAGCGGAGCGGUGAAGACCCGCAAGCCGGACAACACGGCGUUCAAGCAGCAGCGUCUGCCCGCCUGGCAACCCAUCCUGACGGCGGGCACGGUGCUGCCGGCCUUCUUCAUCAUCGGCCUCAUCUUCAUCCCCAUCGGUAUCGGCAUCUUCGUCACCUCCAACAACAUCCGAGAGUACGAGAUCGAUUAUACAGGAAUAGAGCCUUCCAGUCCUUGCAACAAAUGUUUAAAUGUGUCCUGGGAUAGCACACCGCCUUGUACUUGCACAAUCAAUUUCACAUUGGAGCAUUCAUUUGAGAGUAAUGUAUUCAUGUAUUAUGGACUUUCCAACUUCUAUCAAAACCACCGUCGCUAUGUGAAAUCUCGAGAUGACAGCCAACUAAAUGGAGACAACAGCUCAUUACUUAAUCCAAGUAAGGAAUGUGAGCCUUACCGGACAAAUGAGGAUAAACCCAUUGCUCCCUGUGGGGCUAUUGCCAAUAGUAUGUUUAAUGAUACAUUGGAAUUAUAUCAUGUUGAAAAUGACACAAGGACUGCUAUUACUUUGAUUAAAAAAGGCAUUGCGUGGUGGACAGAUAAAAAUGUAAAGUUCAGGAACCCUACAGGAGAUGGAAAUAAUUUAACUGCACUCUUCCAAGGUACAACAAAACCAGUAAAUUGGCCCAAACCAGUGUAUAUGCUGGACUCUGAGCCUGACAACAAUGGCUUUAUCAAUGAAGACUUUAUUGUGUGGAUGCGUACUGCUGCUCUGCCAACAUUUCGUAAGCUGUAUCGUCUCAUUGAAAGGAAGAGUAACUUACAGCCUACCUUACAGGCUGGAAAAUAUUCUUUGGAUAUCACGUACAAUUAUCCUGUGCACAGUUUUGAUGGACGAAAAAGAAUGAUCCUAAGCACCAUCUCAUGGAUGGGAGGCAAAAACCCCUUUCUGGGAAUUGCGUACAUCACUGUUGGGUCCAUAUGCUUCUUCUUAGGAGUUGUAUUGCUGAUCAUCCAUCACAAAUAUGGAAACAGAAACACUAGUGCAGACAUUCCCAAUUAAUCUCACAUUUUGAAAGCAACCAUGCUGCAUGUGCAUCAAGGCCAGUCCAGAACGGACUCAGUUGUUGGAAGAUAAAUCUCUGCUAAUGUCACUUCUGAGGCUGGGUAUAUAAUUUUAUCUAAAGACCUCCUUUCCCCUUGCUGUGGGUUAACUCUCAACAUGACGGGUAUACAAUUAGCUGCAUUGAUUGUAUCUCUGCAUACAUCAGAAACAAUUUUUCUGAUGUUUGCCUCUAGCUGGGCAGGCCACUUGAUGCAUGUAGCUCUGGUUCCCUUGAUGCAUCUGCUGCUUGUCGUGUGCUGUGUAAUGUCAAUAUGAUUCAGUACAUACAGAUUGUGGAGAAGACCGUUGUAAGAUACCGUGUAAAUUGUUAACUUAGCAGAACUUGAGUGUCAGUGCUGUUGAAAGGAAAAGGCAAUCUUAAGUGUUUUUUCAAUUUACCGUCUUGUGUGCAUGGACUCCUACAUUUCUGGCUGAGAUUUUAAUAUAUUUAUAUUAGCAGUUAAAUGUUUUUUCCUGUGUCCUACCCACCUUUGUUAUGUUAGAUUAUUUAAAUGCAGUGCAAACUGCAACACCUGGAAUUCCUUUUAAUAGUUGCAACAGAUCUGCCUGGCCAGUAAAACAGCAUUCUAUAAAGGCAUCGGAAAGCCUAUUUGUUAAUUAUUUGUAUGAGUUCCUCUUAAAUUUUGUUCUAAACUGGGAGAUGUUUGUUGCAGGUAGAACCUGCAGUUUUGUCAGUUUCUUUGCUUUAAGUUAUAUCCAGCAGUAGUUUUCCUGGUGUGCUUGCUGGUUUUGCUUUUUGAAGAGUAUCUCCAAGCAGUAAGCAAGAUGAACCUAAAAUGUCUGUUCUAGUCAGAAACUUGAGCAAAUUCCUUUCACUAAAAGAGUUUAUUGAAACAUAUGUAUUCUGCUGAGCAGGCUUUGUUGUAAAGGAAAUCUCAUGUUCUCUUUCCUUAUUUGGAGUAGAUACCACAAUAAAUUCUUUCAGUGUUGAGAUACUGGACUGUAGAAAAGGAAGAUUUGAGAUGACAGUAAUCUCUUUGUUAUUCCAGUGCAGGUUAAGUUUGCAGUGAAACCUAAUUGAAAUAUUGCAGUUAGAAGACUGUGAAUUUUAAUAUAUUAAACUACAGAAGGGUUCACUUCCAGGAUAAUUUGAAGCUAGCUAAUAAAAUACUAUUUGAUUUUUUUUUUUUUUUAGAUGAUGCACAGAAAUUGUAAUGUAUAUGGUGGAGAUCACUUUACAUGCAACUAGCUUCAUAAGUACUGAGUGUAUUAAAAAGACCUAAUAAAUUCUGCAAACCAUUUAUUAAGAGAUUUUACUUUGUUUUUGAACAUGCAUUUAUUUUCAUCUGGGUGAAAAGGCAUUAAGAUUGAAUGCAUUUUAAGCAAGUUGUAUUUCUCAGUUACAAAAAAUCAAUGUAACAUCGAUAGCCACCUUUAUACAACACUGUAUUAAUUUAGCACAUAAAUGCAAAACUAUUUUUACUCAAUUACUUGUGUAAUCUUUUUCAGCUAGCAGUUUAAGUGUACAGGCCUGCAUACACUGCAGAAUGAAGCAGUGUUUCCAUGGUGCUGGCUUUCUGUAUAAGCAUAUAAUUUGCUUACAUAGUACUUUGUGGCAACACGGAGCUUUUAAAUACUCAAGUCUACUAGAUUUUUUUGCAGUGUUGUAUCUCUUGCUGGAACUAUAGUAUAAGGAUAUAUAACUGUAUAUUGGAAGGUUGAAAAGUUGCACAAAAUUUUAAACUGGCAUUCCUCUGUAGAAUAGUUUAGUCAAAACAAAGUAAACAAGUAAGGAGAUGUUUCCCAUUUACUGCUUAUUAAAAUAUUUUGAUUUUUAAACUGUUUGUCAUUUGAAAGGUAAAUGUUUUGCUUUAUUCAUGACCCCUUUUCUGAGUAGGGAAUGCUGUUUUUUGGGGCUAUGUUCAAAAUGGAAAACAAUAUUUUUCUAUCUCUACCUUGAAAUGUUCUUCAGUGCUUUUUCCUUUUCCUCUUGACCACAGCUGUCACUGCUGUUUGGAUCUUCUUAAUGAAGUGCACCAGGAUAAGAAUUGCUGUCUGUUUGGUUCUUGCUACACAUCAAGUGUUUUUCUGAAAGCCUAUAGCACUAAAUACUUGUCAGACAAUAUGAACACUUUUCCUGAGGAGCUCAAGAUAUUAGGUGAAACUUAGAAUCUCUUGUUUUACUCUUCUACGUUUGCCUUGGGGGCAUGCAGUUAACUACUGAGAUUCUUGGAUUUUGUAUUUCCUGGAAGCUGCCAAUGUGUCACGUGUUCAAAGAGAAGCCACAGUCUCCCUGUCUGACACUUGUUAGGGCAGUGUCACUGUCCCAGUGCUCAGUGCCAUGUGUUGGACCUGACCACUUGUGACCUGGUUCUUCAGUGGCAUCCAUCCUGCACAACUGCUAGACUUCAGAACUAGAGAGCAAUGCCUCUCCUUUCCAAGUACCAGCCAGGCACUUUCUAAAUCCCACCCUGUUGAGGCAGUGCCCAAAGCAUGAGAUUAUAGGCUUCCUGGAAGUGGGUGAUGUUAGGAGAGCCUGCUUGUGAAUGAGUCUUUCUUGGAGAAAUUAAUGUGGGAAUCUAGGAUGUGUCUUUGUCUUACGCAGGAGCUUUUCAAACAAAAUCCUUUGCGUGUGCCCAUCUUCCUUCCAGUCUUGUUAAGAUCUACAUAGCUGUAGCAAAGCAGAGGGCCCCUUUCUUUAAAUUGCUUUGGGCAAUUUGGAGAGCUGUUGGUUGUGAUUAGCUGAGUCAGAGGAAAGAGUUAUCAACUUAAAGCUUGAAUGUGAGGAAUCCUUUGUAGCCUUUGCCUCUCAAGGUCACAAUGGUACUGAAAAUGCAUUCUCAGCAGCCCGGUUUUGCUUUAAUUAUGAAUGUUACACUUUGAAGAACACAAGCCUUGUCUUUUUAUAGAAAUCUCCUUAGGAGGAGAGGCUGUGACAAUCUAAUGUCAGGUAACAUCUGCUUGAGUCUGCCAAGCAGCACAAGGAAAGAUCAGGUGUUUGCCCUGGACUCACUGCAAGUGUUAAUGACUGCACCUUUCUCAAAUGCUCUUCCUGCACUGGGGCAACAUCAGUGUUACUCAUUUGUAGACACACAUAUCAGAAAUUCAGCUGAAGUGUCUGGUUGGAAAAAUGUGACUAAACCUAACACAGAAUGUGCACUGAAUUAAUUUAAAAAUAAUGUAGAAUAUACUGAUUGGAAGGCAGCUGGUUGAGGACAAGUCAUGACCUUAGAGUACUUUCUACAUGCUGAAAAUUAUUCUAUUUUUUUUUCUGUCUGCAGAAAAAUGUUCCUAUGACACACAGAGUUUGUGAUCUUGCCUGAAAAUCUGAUUUUACCUUGGUCCUACAUAAGACUGGUAUCUUUCGUAUUUUUUUUUAUAGACGUUCUGUAUUUGUUACCGUAGGUUGUUCUCUGCAAAUGAACUAACUUUAAGAGUUGAAAAGGAAGAGGGCAACAUUGCAAAAGCCUUCAGCAAUGUCCCAACAAUAAUAACAACAAAUACUUCUCAAGGUAUAUCAAGUCCCCAUAAGGGACUGUAUUGACCUAGUUACAAUGAGUUAAUAAAUAAAUAAAUAAAAUGA